CAGUUGCUCCUAUUAACAAGGAACUCACAAACUUCAAGGAUAGUUAUCCAUCUCAUCCAAAAGAACCACACAUAUCUGAGCUCCGAUUUCGUUUGUUUGUUUUGGCCUCGCGUUGUUCAGAUAAUCAGAUUAAUCAAAUGCUAAUGGCUUCAAUGUGACUUCUUGGAUGGCGAAACGUUAUCCACUAGCAGAGGCUAUUUUGUGGCGUGCUGUUCUUCUUCUUGCUUCGAGCGUUCUCACAUUUUCCCUGUGUGUUCUGAUUUCUAACCCUCCAGCCCUAAUGCUGAAAAAUUUAGGGUUAUGGUCAAUGGUACAGACAUCACUACCCCCUAUCCCUGUGCUGCAAUCUUCUUUGGCGAGAACUCGUCCUUGUAAUUCUGGCUUCUUCUCUACCGUUCAAGCCUUGAAUCUGAGUGGACAAAGGAUUUUGAGCGCUUUGUGUGGCGCGAGGCGGCGAGUUAGGUAUGAAGAUGAAGAAGAAGACGGGCACAACGAGCAGAUUGCUAAGCUGGAAUUGUAUAGUCAAUCGGCUAGAGGAGAAGCUCUGCUUGUUCAUGCUCUCGUGGAUGAUGAGGAAGUGGACGUGCUUAUUUUCAAGGGAUUCUCUUCUUCCUUGAGCUAUAGAACCUCACCUGACCCAACAAAGAGCAUUCUUCCAUCGAGGGCAGUGAUAAAAUCCAUUGAUAGAAUCAAAGGGCCAUUUGACCCUAAUAACAUUGAGUAUCUGGAGAAAGGUCUAACCUGGGAAGCAUUCCUGCACACAUAUAGUUGACCACUAUGAAUCUAUGAUUACGAAUUGAAGAGUUUGUAACUUUUUGAAAUUGGGCAUCAUUGUUUUUCUUUCAUUAUUAUUAUUGCUAUUAUUUUGGCCAAAAAAUUAUUAUUGUUGUUGUUGUUGUUGUUAUAACAAAAGUUUUCCUUCAUUA